ACGACUCCAACCCUACUUGAACCUACGGAUUGCGGAACGUAACGAAACCUGACAAACACCUUCUUCGGAUACAUCAGCAUCUCGAUCCUUCCGAAAAGCGCAUCCGCUCGUCUCGAUAUAGCAACUGCGCUUGCCGGCGCUCGUCACUCCUCCUUGCGAUCCACCACGAGGUCUCUACGAUGGCUUCCCCUCCAUACUCAUACUCUCCGACCGCACACUCGCCGCCGUAUCCGUCACCCGCGCAGCUCCCCAUGUCGAACAAGAAGCGAGCAUCAGAUGGCGCCCCUCCAGGGUCUGCCAAACGCCGAAAGGCCUCGACACUCUCCGUCACCUCCGCCGCCGCCCACCCUCUUCGCCAGACCUCCUUCCCGCCCGAAGCAGGCUCUCCAUACCCACGUUCGCCGUCGGUAGACAACGCUAGUGUCGUCAGCGGCAGCCAAGUCAGCGCGCCUCCUAAGAAGAAGCGCGGCAGGAAGCCCAAGAACCAGACAAACGUUGAGACCAGAGAACAAACGCCCUCUCUCGUAGGCGGACGCGCGCCUACAACGGUCAGCGGCGCAGGCACUGGAGGUGAUGCACAAGAGGAAGGCGCCAACGAUGACGACGACGAUAACGAUAUGCGUAUGGCGUUGGUGGAUUCUACGGUCAGGACACAAGAGCAGAAGCAAGAGGAGAUAAGACUCCGUGCCAUGCUCGUGGAGUCCUUUGACCCAGAACAGUACGAUCGCUACGAACUUUGGCGUGCGGCCAAACUCACCGAGUCCGUAGUUAAAAGGGUCGUCAAUGCGACAGUCUCGCAAUCCGUCCCACCCAACGUCGCUCUCGCCGUCAAGUCUGUCUCGAAGCUUUUCAUCGGCGAGCUCAUCGAGAGAGCUCGAGAUGUGCAAGGGGAGUGGAUGAAAGGUACCGGCGAGAAACAGGCCGACGUACCCACUCCGCCGCCCAAAGACGACGCUUCCCAGAUGGAAGACAGGAGAGGCCCCUUACGACCAGACCAUCUUCGCGAAGCGUGGCGGCGUUACAGGCUAUCGGGAGAUGGAGGCUGGGUGGGCAUUCAAGGCUUGUGGCACGAGCAGCAGAGCAGCGGCGUGGAGAGAUUUCCGGUCCGGACUGGUGGACGACGAGUUUUCCGGUAAUGCCAUGGCAUGGCUUUCAUCGUGAUGACAUGACCAGAGGGCGGGUGCGCGAAAGACGACAGAGAAGCUUAGGGGCUUGCUUACAUGAUACCCAGUCUAACAAAUAGUUAGCACGAUGGCCCAACGCUAUCCUAAUGACCAAAGUAUUAAAACG